AGUAAAUUGUGUGUUGAAUUUUAUAUGCUGUAACAAAACCAGUUUGACAGAUUGAGUUUGUGUAAAAGGGAGGGACAGAGAAAGUGAAAUACUGUGUAUGUACUUUGUGUUUGUACGAUCAUUUUAUUCCUUCUCCUACCAGUGAUGGCUUCUUUCAGCAGGAUCGUCAGUGCAGAUCAGUUGCUGUGUUCAGUUUGUCAGGAUGUUUUCACCGACCCAGCAACCAUCCCAUGUGGACACAACUUCUGCAUAAAAUGUAUCAGUACACAUUGGGACAACAGUGUGGUGUGUCAUUGUCCUCUUUGUAUGAAAAACUUCCAUUUGAGACCAGACCUUGGGAUCAAUAGGGAGUUCAGAGACAUUGUUGACCGACUGAAGAGGGGGGAAAGUCCUGUUAAACCUGGAGAGGUACCAUGUGAUGCCUGUACAAAAACAAAGAGAGGAGCUGUAAAGUCUUGUCUGCAUUGUGAAGGAUCUUUCUGUAAAACACAUUUAGAGCCUCAUGACAAUGUAUCAAAAUUAAAGACACACAAACUGAUCGACCCUGUGCAGUAUCUGCAGGAUUAUAUAUGUCAGAAACACCAGAGCCCUUUGGAGCUGUUCUGUAGAGAUGAUCAUAUGUGUGUGUGUCUGUCCUGUAUCAAAACCUACCACAAAAACCACAACAUUGUUACUGUCGAGGAGGAGAGUGGAAAGAGGAAGCCUCAGUUGGGGCAGAGACAGGCAGAGGUUCAUUUGAUGAUUCAACAAAGGAUGAAGAAAAUUGAAGAGAUUAAACGCUCCGUGCAACUCAUUGGGGAAAAGACAAAGAAAGAGAAAGCAGAUAGUAUUGAGCUCUUCGCUGAUCUAAUCCACUCCAUUGAGAGAUGCCACUCUGAGCUGCUUGAUGUGAUGGAGCAAAAGCAGAAAGCAGCAGAGAAUCAGGCUGAAGAGUUAAUAGAAGAGCUGGAGCAGGAAAUCAUUGAGCUAAAGAGGAGAGACACUGAGCUGGAGCAGCUCUCACACACUGAGGAUCACCUCCACCUCCUACAGAGUUACCCAUCACUGUGCAGCCCUUUAAACACCAGGAACUGGACUGAGAUCAGUAUUAACACACGUCUGAGUGUAGACACUUUGAGAAGAGCUCUGACAAAGCAUCAAGAAUCUCUCAAUCAUGCUAUGAUGAAGAUUACAGGAAUUGAGCUACAGGUGGUGGAAAAGUUUACAGUGGAUGUGACUAUGGAUCCUGAAACUGCUCAUCCUAAACUUUACUUGUCUGGGGAUGAUAAACAAGCUGGAUAUGGAGAGACAAGACAGAAUGUCCCAGACAACCCAUGGAGGUUUGAUUCAUGUCCCAGUGUCCUAGGAAAGAAGGGAUUUUUCUCUGGGAGAUUUUAUUUUGAGGUGCAGGUAAAAGGGAAAACCGAGUGGGAUUUAGGAGUAGCCAAGGAGUCUGUUAACAGGAAGGGGACGAUUACUUUAAGUCCAAGGAAUGGACUCUGGACUCUGUGGUUGAGGAAUGGAAAUGAGUAUAAGGCCUGCGACUGUCUGUCUGUCCCUCUCUCUCUGAGAGUGAAGCCCCAGAAGGUGGGGGUUUUUGUGGAUUAUGAGGAGGGUCUGGUCUCUUUUUAUGAUGUGGAGUCCAGGUCUCAUAUCUACUCUUUUACUGGUCAGUCUUUCACUGAGAAACUCUAUCCAUAUUUCAGCCCAGGUUUUAAUAAUGGAGAUAAAAAUUGUGCCCCAUUGGCCAUCUCACCUGUCAGCAACAAUAUGUGGUUUUCAACAUGUGGAGUCAAUACAAAACAUAGCAUGUAACCUAUCAUUUUUUCCAAGCUUUUCACCAUUUGUGUAAAAUAUAUAUUUAAAUGUAUAUUUUGGCAGGUUAGAAGCACACGUAUUCCUCUCCACAAUAAUGUUGCUACCAUUGUUAGACCUUAGAAUAAAUGGUUUAUUCUAAAUUUGAGAGUAGAAGAUGAAAAUGUUGGCUGCUGUGACAUAUGGUUCUUGAAAUAUCUGUAAUGCUCAUGGAAAUGAUGUUAGGACAGAAAAUGGUUCUUUCUUUAAUUACUUUUGUUAAAUCACAUUAAUAGAAGUGUGGUGAAGCAGCAGCAAAGCCCUUUAAUUCUGUGAUUUAUACUUUAAGGAAAGGAUCUGGCUUUUUUUCUUCUUCUUUUUCUGUCUUGUU